CAUUCUCUUCUCCGCAGAGGGAAAGGAGGGAAAUUAGUUCAGAGUUUCAAGGGGUAGCUCUCGCACACUCCCAUUUUCGAUCGUCUCUUCUUCUCCAAUCUUCUCUUCAAAUCAAACGCACUGUCUUAUCGCGUCUCUCCGCCAAUCGCUUCCUCAUAAGCUGCCGCUAACAUUCUUCUUGGAUUCUGGUGGUGAGUGGGAUUUGGUGUCAUCUAUGAGCGAUUUCCAUUGGACAGCAAGAGCGAACUGCGACGCGAUAGACUCGACGGUUUCGCGGAGAACACGGUUUCGAUCUCCGACAUUUCCUGAACCAGCUUCCACGGCGCCGACGGGUCGACCCAACACUCGCGCUCCGGCCUUAUCACUUUCCCGUUCCUCUUGAACCGGCCUCUCCCUUUUGCCUUGUUCACAUCGCCUUUCUCUUUCCCCUCCACAACCUGCCACUCUCUCGCCACGUGGCGUGUAUCUGGAGCAGCUACCAAAACUUGAUCACCUCCUUGCAAUUCUGAUUAAUCAUACCUCAGUUUCACGGAGAUGAGGGAGGCGAGAGGUGGAACGAAGAAUGAAAGAAGUUCGAAAUCUACAUCAGCUAACUCGUUCCCCCUUAUUAUGGACAUUGAUGACUUUAAGGGGGACUUUUCUUUUGAUGCGUUAUUUGGAAAUAUGGUGAAAGAGCUCCUUCCAUCUUUCCAAGAAGAAGCAGUAGAUUCAUCAGAAGGACACAGCAACGUCAUUGGGGUUGAUUCUUUUUCAAAUGGACAUAGGCGGGCUUCAUCUGAUGCAGCAAAGUAUGCUCAAGCUCCUUCUACUCCCUUAUUCCCAGAUGUUGAGAAGCUCUUAUCUUUGUUUAAGGACUCUUGUGAGGAGCUGGCCGAGCUUCACAAACAGAUUGAUGGCAGACUCGACAAUCUCAAGAAAGAUGUCUCUGUCCAAGACACUAAGCACCGUAAGACACUUGCUGAGCUAGAAACAGGUGUAGAUGGUUUGUUUGAUAGCUUUGCUAGGUUGGAUUCACGUAUUUCAAGUGUUGGCCAGACUGCUGCAAAGAUAGGAGAUCAACUUCAGAGUGCAGAUGCUCAGAGGGUUACUGCCAGUCAAACAAUUGAGCUGAUAAAGUACUUGAUGGAGUUCAACAGCAGCCCAGGCGACCUAAUAAAGCUUUCUCCUCUAUUUUCUGAUGAGAGCCGUACUGCUGAGGCUGCUUCGGUUGCCCAAAAAUUACGGUCAUUUGCUGAAGAAGAUAUUGGAGGACGCGGCAUAGGUGCCCCAUCAAUGAUAGGAAACGCUACUGCAAGCAAAGGAUUAGAAUUUGCUGUUACUAAUCUGCAAGAGUAUUGCAAUGAAUUGGAGAAUAGAUUGCUUGCUCGGUUUGAUGCAGCAUCGCAGAAAAGAGAUUUGUCCACAAUGUCUGAAUGUGCCAAAAUUUUGUCACAGUUCAAUAGGGGUACAAGUGCCAUGCAACAUUAUGUAGCAACACGUCCAAUGUUUAUUGAUGUGGAAGUCAUGAAUGCUGAUACUAGAUUGGUUCUUGGUGAUGAUGGCACACACGCUAGUCCCGGUAAUGUUGCUAAAGGGCUUUCAAAAUUGUACAAAGAAAUCACAGAUACUGUUCGCAAAGAAGCAGCAAAAAUCACAGCUGUAUUCCCUUCACCUAAUGAGGUUAUGUCAAUUUUAGUUCAGCGGGUUCUAGAGCAGCGAGUCACUGCCCUUUUGGACAAGUUAUUAGUAAGGCCAACUCUUGUAAAUCCACCUUCAAUGGAGGAAGGUGGACUUCUAUUAUAUCUCAGAAUUCUAGCAGUAACAUAUGAAAAGACGCAAGAACUUGCUAGGGAUCUACAAGCCGUGGGAUCUGGAGACUUGGAUGUUGAGGGCCUCACAGAAUCCUUGUUUUCAAAUCAUAAGGAUGAAUGCCCCGACUAUGAGCAGGCGUCUCUUAACCAAUUGCAUCAAGUGAAGAUGGAAGAACUGCGAGCUGAAAGCCAGCUGAUAUCUGAUUCACCUGGAACAAUUGGACGCUCAAAAGGAGCUUCAAUUGCUUCUCCUCCACCGCAAAUAUCUGCCACAAUUGUGUCAGAGUUUGUGCGUUGGAAUGAAGAAGCAAUUUCAAGGUGCAGCCUCUUUUCUUCUCAGCCAGCCAUCCUUGCAACCAAUGUAAAAGCAGUGUUUGCUUGCCUGCUGGACCAAGUCAGUAAAUACAUUGUAGAUGGGCUUGAGCGUGCUAGAGAGGUCCUGACUGAAGCUGCUAAUUUGAGGGAAAGAUUUUUGCUGGGUGUUGGCCGAAGAGUAGCUGCUGGUUCAACUUCUAACGCAGAGGCUGCCGCUGCUGCUGGUGAAAGCAGUUUCAAAUCCUUCAUGGUUGCUGUACAAUGUUCUGUCAGCAGUGUGGCUAUUGUUCAACAAUAUUUUGCAAACUCCAUAUCUCGGCUUUUGCUUCCUGUGGAUGGAGCACAUGCUGCUGCCUGUGAAGAAAUGGCAACAGCAAUGUCCAAAGCAGAGGCCGCUGCUUACAGAGGAUUACAACAAUGCAUCGAAACUGUGAUGGCUGAGGUGGAGCGAUUGCUGUCGGCUGAGCAAAAGGCUACAGAUUAUCGAUCACCUGAUGAUGGUAUUGCUCCUGAUUACCGGGCAACCAAUGCAUGCACAAGGGUUGUGUCAUAUCUCUCUCGUGUGCUGGAGCCUGCAUUUACUGCUCUAGAAGGUCAAAAUAAACAGGCAUUCCUGACUGAGUUGGGGAAUCGGGUGCACAGGACAUUGCUAAACCAUUGGCAGAAAUUUACUUUUAAUCCAAGUGGGGGGUUGCGGUUGAAGCGUGACAUAACUGAAUAUGGAGAAUUCUUGCGUAAUUUUAACGCUCCUUCUGUUGAUGAGAAAUUUGAAUUAUUGGGCAUAUUGGCCAAUGUCUUCAUUGUUGCUCCCGAAAGCCUUGCAACUUUGUUUGAGGGUACACCUAGUAGUGAUGCACAAAGAUUUAUUCAGCUUAGGGACGACUACAAGAGUGCCAAACUUGCAUCCAAAUUGAGUUCCUUGUGGAGUUAACAGAAUCUUCUUUGGCUUGGGCACGGACACACAACUUGAACCUUUAGUUUCACAAAUAGUUUCAUCCAGAUAAACUGCAUGUAGGCUAUCCGCGGCCCAAUUUAGUACAUUGGAAUAUCUUCCCCUCCUGACUGAAUAUUUGAAGGUAUGAUUAGCAAGACCUGGUUGAUAUUCUUUUUUGAAAGCCAUUAUUCUUUUCGAUGUUUCAUUUGUUUAUCCUGUCAUUUGUCACAAUGUUUAGAAAGGAAAAAUACUUGAUACCUUAAGUUACCGUAAAGUUAAAUUUUAGGGACCAAGGAACGACGUGGUUGUUGAUUUUCUUGUGCAACUUAUCCCAUACUGGUGAAUGCUUUGACUUUAUUUAUAAAAGACGUAUUAGUUUGAUUGGGCCGCGUAUGAAA